GCAACUGCGAUUGUGACUGCCAUUGCGACUGUGAGUGUACACCAGCACGCAUGCACGCAGGGGGUGCGCGGAUUUGCGGCGAUUGGCUGUCUAACCCAAGUGGGGCGGACAGGCGAAAAAUACCCCCCCGUAUUAACUUCGCCCAUACACACCCGUACGUCACAUGAACAUACGUGGUGAAUGCACUUUGGAAGAAAGUGGCAAACGUGUGUUGGCUUCCCCAAACGGGUCUCCACUGAAGGGAUACAACAUGCUGAUAGGUAGAGGCACUCCAGUGUGCGCGUCAUUUUAUUUUAUUUUUUUUUUUUUUUUCAGUGUAAACAGCGUUGUUAACUCUUUGGAAGGCACAACGAGAGAUGCGCACUCCGGUGAGUUAACGCUGCCAUAGAUGUGAAAGAGGCGCUCGCGUGCUGUGCUAGAGUGAGCGGCUAAUCGCGAGGUGAAGAGAGGGCUGCCCCGCUCGGACCACACACAGAGUCGAUUCGGGCGAAAAGGGAACGACGCAGAACUGGAGGAACUAUCUCGAAGAGCCAAUUGAAACAACCAGUUGGAAGAGCCGACUGGAAGGAACGCCCCUGAGAGGCUCGCUGGCCCCCUCCCCCCCCAGGCGAACUCGCAUAAAUGGAUACAACGAACCAAAUAAAAAUAAAAAAAAAAAAAGAGAACAACGCCUUGGGGGUAGAAAAUGAACGGAUGAGCGAAAUGGUGAGGAAGCCAAACGAACGGAUGGGCGAAGCGGUGAGGAAGCCAAACGAACGGAUGGGCGAAGCGGUGAGGAAGCCAAACGAACGGAUGGGCGAAGCGGUGAGGAAGCCAAACGAACGGAUGGGCGAAGCGGUGAGGAAGCCAAAUGAACGGAUGAGCGAAGCGGUGAGGAAGCCAAAUGAACGGAUGAGCGAAGCGGUGAGGAAGCCAAACGAACGGAUGAGCUCCCUUACCAACAACACGCAGGGCCAUACGAAGGAAGGACCCACACACCAGGCUGACCAGACGAAAGAGCCUGUCUCGGAAGAGACAGAUAGAAGCGAACAAGUAAUCAGCAGCCACAGGUUCCCCCUGCACAGUGAUGUAUCAACCCCAAAAAGUGAAAUCUACGAAAUGGAAUUACAAAAGAGAUGUUACGAAAACAACCCAAAUGGGUAUCACUCGUUCUCUACACCAAUUAGCAAUGCAAAUGAAAAAAAAGGGACAAAGAAUGCACUCCUGCAGAAUGUGGGUUCUAUGAAAGGAACCGUGUUGAGCAAUAUGAAUGGAGACACGCUUAGCAGCUACACCAUCUACCAAGGGGGGGGAGAAGAAGAAAACGUCCUGAAGAAUUCUACUGGAAUUAGCGAAAAUAACUCCAUUUCGGUUUGUAGUUUCCACGGUGGGAUCAUUUCGAAUGAUUUGCAAAAUGGGGAGUUCCUCAGACAGGGGGAAAUCCCCCAGCGUGGUGAUAAUGCCAAAAUUGGGGCAUAUCAGAAUGGCAUCACCUGCUCCAACAUUGGCCACUACCCCGUUAAGGAGGCUCACCUAAGUGGUAUGCACCCCGAGUUUUGCAACCGUGUGAAGAGAUCCCCCGUAUGUACGUACCCCCAGGGGGGGGAUAAAUUGCAACCAAACGGCCACACUGCAGAGAAGUUUGAUCCCGUCCAUAAGGAACAGCUAGCCAAACAGAUAAGCGGCAAUAUGGUAGAUGCAAAAAAUGGGUUCAGUAAAAAUAGCUUAGUUACUCAGCAGGGAAAAUGGAACGCAAAUGAUGGUAGUAACAUCUGUGAGCAGAAGUGGCACUUCAGAAAUGGAAACUCCUUCGUCAAGAGGAGCGACGUGAAUGGCCACGAACACCUGCGCGCAGCUCAGUGGAGCCCCGCUGUGGAUUAUACCAGCGGUGCGAACAACCUUUUCAGUGCGCACCCCAAAAGUGCGUCCCCCCAGGGUGUGAGCUUCUACAUCGGCAACACCCACGGGCGGAGCGCCACCCCAGGGGGAGACUCACCAGGGGGGAGUUCUCCCGGGAGAAGCGCCCUGCUGCUGAAGGGUGCCACCACGUGUAACCCCCCAAGGGGGAAUUAUCACCUGCAGGGGGCGGUGGGCAGUCAUGCGAUAAACACAGCGCAGCAGUGGGACAGUGGCAAACGAACAAUGGGACACACGCAGUGCAGUCCGAACCACAGUGGCGCCCACCCAAGUAGUAACGGCAAAGUGAAAAACGCAAAAUUAAACGAAGCGAACGUAGAAUUGCAUAGGAAGAAAAACCAAAAGGUGUUCGUGAAAAACACCCUCCUUAGUGAUGGCAACAAUUCGCGCAAGAACUGUGUUGUGAAAAACGCACUUGGGGGGGGCAGCCCCGGAAGAUUUCUCCACAAAAAGAACGGCAGCAACGUUUUGAAGUUCGUCAUCCCGGUUGGCAGCCUCACGAGGGGGAGCAGCCCCAAUGGGGGGGUCAAACAGAGUCACUGGUACCCGAAUGGGGAAGAGGAACAGGAAAGGGAGAAAAAAAAAAGAUGCAAACUGGACGGAGGUGACCAGAUCAACUCCUCCGCCGCACCUACGACGCAUGGAGUGGAAAGACGCAGCGACGGAAGUGGGCAGACGGCGCAACCCGCUUGUGGGUCGAAGGAGGGGGGAAGCGACGCCGAGGGGGGGUCAUUCCGGUAUGUUCUCCCUGGCAAAACUAAGCAGUCCAAUCCGCUUGGCCAGAUUGAGCAGCUUAGCCACGCCCCCCCCUCCGCGCGGAGACCCCCCAGCAGAGGCUACCACGCGAAGAAGGGCAACCUGACGUACAGCGGCCUGCUAACCUCCAUGGUGUCAUCCAUCCUGACGCAGCAAAACGAGAGGCAGUCCCAAGAGGAGAACUGCUUCAGCUACGCCUGGAAGGGCAGCGACUAUGACUAUUCGUUACUUCGCCAGAUGGAAGACGGAACGGGUGGAGAGAAAAAAGAGCAAGAGGAAAACAAGGACCAAAGUGAUUACCAAAUUUCGAGCAAAAUAAUUCAGCAGCUGAGGAGUAAAGCCACCAAUGAACGUAUAUUGCAGCUAACCCUAACCCUAAUGAUAUGCAUCUCGGUUCUAUGCAAUUAUGAUCACGGUGCAAUACCCGUUACGUUGGAAGAAAUACAGAAAGAUUUCCCCCUCAGUUACAUUGAGCAGUCUCUACUGGGGAGUCUAGUUUACUUUGGGUUAAUCAUCGGCACGAUCAUAGCCAGUGUGCUGUUCGAGCUCCUCACGGCGAAGUUCCUAAUCAGCGUGAGCACCCUGCUGCUUUCUAUAUCGCUCUACAUAUUUAGCCAUGCUAACUGCGUCACUUUUAUGUACAUUUCGAGGUUCAUAAAUGGGUUGUGCCAGGCGAUCCCCGUGGUUUACCUCCCCGUUUGGGUGGAUGAAUUCUCACCACAUGAGAAAGCUACUCAGUGGAUGUCCUACAUUCAGCUUGCUUCCAUAGGGGGGACUGUCUUUGGUUAUUUUUUGGGUGGCAUCCUCUCAAAUAGCUCCUAUUCAUAUGGACGGAAGAACUCUCCCCUUUCGAAUGAUGCCUUUGUCACCACGUGGAGGUCUCCCUUUUUGAUUCAGGCCUUCCUCCUCCUCCCGCUCUUCCUAAUUAUGCUUUUUAUUCCCUCGGAUAUGAUUAACAUCAGCUCGGGGGGGAGCGCGCCCAGCGAGUGCGAGGAGGAGGGGCUCCCCGAGGGGGGUGCCCACGCAGUAGGCGCUUACGAGCGGUGCGUCAGCGGAGAACAUCGCAUGCGCGGCGACCAUCGCAUCCGCGGAGAACGCCGCACCGAGAACACUCCCCGGGAAAGUCCCACCUUAGCGAAGUGCCACCCGCUGGUCCCGGAACCCACCAACUACACACUUGAGAGAGGCAAGUCCAGAUCCACCAGCAGACUCUACUACGGAGCGUCGAGCAACUCCCUCCGUAGAAACUUCAACCGAUCAGCAACCUACAUCAUGGAGAGAAAGACAAACGUCCUCAGAAAAACAUUCAAGGAGGUAAAAAAAUUGCUCAACAAUAAGCUCUACAUUAUUAUAACCCUAGGAAUGAGUAACCUCUAUUUCGUAGUCACAGGAAUUCAAUUUUGGAUUACCGAAUACAUGUCCGUUGUAUUGUUAACAGAGAAGAUGAAGAUCAUCACCGUUUCUACUUUAUGUUUCCUCACCUCUCCUACAUCUGGGGUUUGGUUUGGAGGCUUCGUGUGCGAUUUGUUUGGGGGGUACAAAAAUACCAACUACUCCAGAACGAUUAAGGUCGCCACUGCCUUUGCCAUUUCUGCUUGCAUCUUCGGCAUCCUGUCUGCGCACCUGAAUAACUUUGUUUUCUUCUCCGUUUCGCUGUGGCUGUGCCUCUUCACGGGCUCCGCGCUGGUCCCCGUCGCCGUGGGAAUGCUCCUCUCCUGCGUGAACAACCACCAGAAGAGCCUCUCCUCCGCCGUCUCCCAAGUCAUAUACAACGUCUUCGGCUGGUUCUCCGCCCCCCUCCUCUCCGGGAUCAUCAUGGACAUCAUGCACAAAUACACCAACGACAACCGCCUGGCCCUCAAAGCUGGAUUCACCAUGAUUUUGUACUCCAGCUUCAUAGGCUUCCUGCUGCUGUUCUACGCGAAUUUUUUAGACUUCUCCGAUCGGAAAGAUAACGACGAAACAAUAGAGCUGGAAGAGCCGCUGACUUAG